AACUCCAUCUCCAGGUGGAAUGGAGUUAGCUUGCCUGCACACUCAGUCACGGUGGCGUCCCUAUAAGGCGUAGGCCUGACGUCACCCACGCCCUCGCCUCGCACGGGGCGGCGCGGCGGCCGGCGGAGGGAAUGGCGAGGCGAAGCAGAGGCAGCGGCAGCGUCACGGACGCGGCGUCGAAGGCGGACGCGGCGGCGAUGCGGAUGGUGUCCCGCAGGGGCGCCGUGCGGCUGGUGCUCGUGUCGGCCACCGCCUGGGCCAUGCUCGGGCUCGUCGCGCUCGCCUUCCACCUCCGGCCAUGCAGCUCCCGCGUCGCAUUCCUCUCAGGAGAACUGCGCGAUAUUAUAUUAAAGAAGAGGGACAGAUACAAGAAAACAACUGGGGGCCCCUACGGCGGCCAGUAACAGGCAUACAGAAACUCAUCCAUGACUAAAGCAAACUAACAAGAACUACCACAAUGCUAGCUAACUAGCAGGGAGGCCCGAAAUGGGGGCGGUGAGCAAAGACAACUUUGCACCAGCCAUCUCUCAAAGCUCUUUGCAAAAAAGACAGUAAAGUUCUCUCUGUGUUGGACUCGAUGGGGCUCUCAUCCAAACCACUCCACCGCUGCCCGAUACCUGUUGCGGAUGAUCCAAAUGUUGUUGUCAUACCAAAGAGGACUCCCAACACAAUUGUGAAGAAGUUGGCAUAUAUAACUGUUGACAAACAGGAUAAAGAUCCCUCACCGCUGUUUGGAGGACGUCAAAACUGGAAACAGAGGGAGGAGAGCUUUAAACUGAACUCUACCAUGAAGGUUCACUGCGGAUUUAUGAAAAAUAGUGGUGCAGAUAUGGAUAUCAUUGAUGUCAAGUACAUACAGAAAUGCAAAUUCGUGGUUGCCUCUGGUAUUUUCGAUGGUUACGACAUCCCUCACCAGCCAUCCAAUAUCAGCCGCCGGUCUCAGAAGCUGUUCUGCUUCCUGAUGGUGGUGGACGAAGUAUCUCUUGAUUUUAUCCAAAAGAACACCACCGUCAAGAUCGACAGCGCUGGAGGGAAAUGGGUUGGCAUAUGGCGACUUCUAACAGUGCACCGCCUCCCAUUCGACGAACCUAGAAGGAACGGGAAAAUACCCAAGAUCUUGACGCACAGACUAUUCCCUCAAGCUUGGUAUAGCAUUUGGAUUGACGGGAAAAUGGAGCUCAUAGUUGAUCCGCUGCUUAUUCUCGAGAGGUACCUCUGGCGUGGAAAAUACACAUUCGCGGUGGCUGUCCACAAGCAUCAUAGGAGCAUCUACGAGGAGGGCGACGCGAUCAAGCGACGGAAGCGCUACGCCCGCCCUUUGGUUGAUCUUCAGAUGAAGAUGUACUAUUACGAGGGGAUGGAGCCUUGGAGCCCGAAGAAAAAGAUGCCUGGCGAUGUGCCGGAGGGAGCCGUGCUGAUCCGGGAACACACAGCGACGACCAACCUGUUCAGCUGCCUCUGGUUCAACGAGGUGAACCUCUUCACCCCACGCGACCAGAUCAGCUUCGGCUACGUGGCGCGCAGGCUCGGCGACGCUCUCGAGCUCUUCAUGUUCCCCAACUGCGAGUACAACUCGCUGUUCGUCCUGCACAGGCACACGAGGGAGCACUCGUCUAAGGUGGAGUGGGCCAAAACGGUCGACGAGAUCGUGGAGAAGGGGCUGAGGGAGAGUAGAGGAGGGUUGGGGCUGUGGACUCCGUACCCUGCGGACCUCAGCUCCGUGGAACUCCCUGCUGUAAGAAGAACUUCGCCGGCAGGAUAAGGCUAGGCUGUCAAAGACCACAAAGCUCCCAGCCUAGCCUGCCGAUCCUGUGAUCUUUGAUUCGUUCAUGGUUGUACAGAGUAGAACUCCACUGUUUGUUUGUUUUUUUUGGCGUAGAUUCUGUAGGCUGACGCUUGGAGUUUGUUGCUUCCAGUUCUGUACAACACUCAUCUACGGAGGUAGCACAGAAGGAUUUCUCACAAAA